AUUGUUGAUGCCACAUAGUACACAAAAUCUAAGGGUGUAUUUACAAAAUCACACUCACACCCUUCAUCACUUGCUAUAUAUAUACAUAUCUCCACAUUCUCAUUCUCCUCAAUUCUCUUCUCUUUGUUUUCUAGCCUUCUUAUCUCUCUCCAUCUUAAGCUACAUAAGAGUUAAUCACAAAGAAAGUUUACAUGGUUGACAUUCAAAUCCCAAGCACAUUCGAUCCAUUCGCGGAGGCCAAAGAAUCCGAUGCACCGGGAACAAAGGAGUAUGUGCACAUUCGCAUACAACAAAGAAAUGGAAAGAAGAGUCUAACCACAGUUCAAGGGCUGAAGAAGGAGUACAGCUAUGAGAAGAUUUUAAAAGAUCUCAAGAAAGAGUUUUGUUGCAACGGAAACGUUGUCAAUUGUAAGGAUCUUGGCAAGAUUAUCCAACUCCAAGGCGAUCAGCGCAAGAAUGUUUCGCACUUUCUUGUUCACGCUGGUCUCGUCCGAAAGGAUAACAUCAAGAUUCAUGGUUUCUGAUCAAGAUUAGUUCAUGGUUUGUGUUUUCUACAUGCAUGCUUGUAUUAAAUAAUUAAGCACAAAACAUCUCUCUUUAUAUAUAUGUAUAAUUGAUAUGAUCUUAAUGAGAAAAUCACCUUUCCUAGGUGAGUUCAUA